CGCGUCUUAUUUCGUUUAUUUAUAUGUUGUUUUCUCCGAUGUUAUUUUUUUACGUUUUAAGAAUGCGUUUAAUGUGUUGAUCUGGAGGAUUAUAGCAGAAUAUUGUCGGUGGCUUACAUGUAGCGGAAUAAAAGAGGCUCUGUGUAUUUCUGAGCGGUUCAUCGGAGGCUUAUAUACAAGAAGAGCCGUCAUGUAUGCAGGACGCAAGAGGAGAAAACCAGUCCAGAGAGCGGUGAAGCAGGCUCCAGCCGAAGGGGCCAAGUCCAACCCGUCCAAACGGCAUCGGGACAGGUUGAACGGGGAGCUGGAGCGCUUGGCCAGCCUGCUGCCUUUCCCCGAGGAGGUCACCGCCAGUCUGGACAAACUCUCCAUCCUCCGCCUGAGUGUCAGCUACCUGCGGGCCAAGAACUUCUUCUCUGUCGCCCUGACCGGAGUGACUCCUGCUGCUGGGAAUGAUGACGACAGCAAAGCAGCAGGAUCGGUGGAGACCAAGAUCCCUGAGGGGGAACUGUUGCUGCAGGCUCUCAACGGUUUUGUCAUGGUUCUCACUGCCAGUGGGACCAUCUUCUACUCCUCUCACACCAUCCAGGACUACUUGGGCUUCCACCAGACGGAUGUCAUGCACCAGAGCGUGUACGAGCUGGUCCACACGGAGGACCAGCAGGAGCUCAGGAGAAACUUGCACUGGGCUUUGAAUCCUCCUCCUGCCGCUGCAUCUGCCAUCACCCAGGACUCCCCCCAAGAGAUGGAACCAGACAGCAGCUCAUCUGUCGUCACCUACAACCCUGAGCAGCUUCCCCCAGAGAACUCGUCCUUCCUGGAGAGGAACUUUGUGUGUCGCUUUCGCUGCCUGCUGGACAACUCCUCCGGCUUUCUGGCUCUGAACAUCCAGGGCAGACUUAAGUUUCUGCAUGGACAGAACCAGCGGCAAGAAAACAAAGGAAAGGCCCAGCCUCAGCUCGCCCUUUUCGCCAUUGCGACUCCUCUGCAGCCUCCAUCUAUCCUGGAGAUCAGGACCAAGAACAUGAUCUUCAGAACCAAACACAAGCUGGACUUCACGCCCUUCGGCUGUGAUGCAAAGGGGAAGAUAGUGCUGGGGUACACAGAGGCUGAGCUGCGGGUACGAGGAUCUGGCUAUCAGUUCAUCCAUGCCGCAGAUAUGUUGUACUGCGCAGAGAACCACGUCAGAAUGAUGAAGACUGGAGAGAGUGGUCUGACUGUGUUCAGGCUCCUCACCAAAGACAAUCGCUGGAAAUGGGUCCAGGCCAACGCCAGGCUGGUGUACAAGAACGGCAAACCAGACUACAUCAUCGCCACCCAGAGGCCUCUUUUGGAUGAAGAGGGAGGAGAACACUUGCGCAAGCGCUCCAUGCAUCUACCCUUUACCUAUGCUACAGGCGAGGCCCUGCUCUACCAGUCCAACCAUCCCAUAGCAGCCUUUAUAGAUGAAAGCCCAGAGAAAAAUGGUAGCAAGUCAAAAAAGAGCCGGGCUGAAAGGCUGGAGAGGGAGGGUGUGGACCCUGGCUCUCUUCUGGGAGCACUCAUGAGUCAGGAUGAGUCGGUGUAUGUUUGUCAGCCUGCCCUAGAGCCCAAAAUGUCAUUCCAUAGCUUCUUUGGUGACCAAAUGGGCUUCUCUGACUCUGAACCAUCCAGCUUGCACAGGAGCUGGGACGAGCCAAGCAAUGGCGAACUGGGUCCAGGCGUCCCAGAGCCAGUUGCCAGCUUUGACCCGCUGCUGGCUACUCUGGACUCCCUCUCCCUGGAGGGCCACGGCCUUGCGGAUUCGGACGAGGGGGGUUGUUCAAACGGCGAGCUGUUUGGAGCUCUGGAAGGGCUGGGGCUGAGUGCCGAGGACCUGGAGCUGCUGCUGCUGGACGAGCGGAUGAUCAGAAUUGAGAUGGACCCCGAACGUGUGCCCAGCUUGGACGACCUGCUGACAAACGAUGAGAUCCUCUCGUACAUCUACGACUCCAUAGAGGGCAGGGUUGAUUCCACCGAGCACGGAGGACCGGUGCCUCCCAGUACUGCCUCGGUGACAGCCACAACCGUGUCGCUACCUGAAAGUAAUGCCACUUCGGACACUAAUGUGCAAAUGCAGUUUCCUCACCAUAAGCCUCCCCCGGUGGGGCAGGCUCCCAUCGUCCAGCUGUCCCAGCAGAUGCAACAGCACCUCAGCAUGCAAACAGGUAAAGGUGCGCGUGACUGGGGCCAGCAGAGUGACCAUUUGGCGAGCACGGUAGUUAACGGAGAGCUGCAAUCGUUCACCAAUGGACAAUGGACAGCCCAAAACAUUCUAGUCACUGCAGGGAUACAACUGGAACACUUUAAAACACAACCGAAUAUUUUCAACGGCAAGGCCUCAGAGCUGGACGGAGAGCUUCAUCAGCAGCAAAUGCAUCAACGUUACCUGCAGCAGCAGCCCAGGAUGCAGAACCAUCUCUCGCAGCAGUGCCAAGCCAAACGGAAGGCAGCCAACCUCAACGGACUGUGUGGCGUCUCCAGCACUGAGCAUUCGGUGGGGAAAUCCCUGUGGCAGGACUACGGAUUCAGCGAGAGUCUGGGCAACAGCUCCUGCAUCGAUAACGGCCAAAAACCUCUGACAAACACCUCACUAGAUUCUUGCAUGGAUUAUAGCAUGCCCGAUGUUGACAAUGGGGAUUACACUGUUAGUGGAAGCGGUUUGUUUGGGAGGAGUGGACCGCAGCACGGGGCCGACUCCACAGUGUCCUCCUUCCAGGGGAUGAACCAUAAACAGCAGCAGGAGCAGAUCCCAGUUCCUUUGGCUCAAGUCAUCUCCAGCCUGUCGCAGUGCCCGCCCCCCAACGCCUCCCUGGAGCAGAUCCUGGGGGUAGGCAAGCCCUGCCGGCAGUUGGACCCGUAUGGCGUGGUGACCUCUGAGAUCCCUCAUGACCCCAGUCCCAAUAAGAUGGAGAAUGGCUGCAUCCUGAACAGUACUUACCCAGGAGGCUGUGCUCUGCCUAAUAGAAACGGAGCGGCGCCCCCUACUGUCCAGAUGCCCGGCCCUGAGACUUUGUCCAGCCUCCCCGACCCACCAGCCAGCGGGUUCUACCUCUGACCAGCUGCCCUGCAACAGUCAUGCAGCAGGACUCUGUUAAUGGCCAGAAAGACACAAUGACCACAGGACCAGCCUUAUACAUCUAGAUACCACAACAAACAAUGCUGAAUAAACGUAGGCCUAUAAGUUUUUUUUUUUUUCUUUCUUUCUUUUGUUUCCAAUUUGUAUUUUAUUUUUGUGUGCGUAUGUUGUAUUUCAAGUCAUAUUAUCAUACGAGUCCUUUGUUUACAAUAAUGCAGUCAAGAGUGCUCAGUUGAGUUUAUUUGAAGUACUACAGUGAGGUAAAUAUGAGUUUUUAAAGUUGAGUUUCACAAA